AUGGCUCUGGAUAACGGUUUCGCCUUAACCUGUAAGAAUAUGACAAACUCAAACACCGGAAAAGUCGAAGAGAGAUGCGCCUGCGAUUUUAGAAUCAAUAUAUUUGGAUGUCCAGAGUCAAACGCGUUGGUCAUCUUGUAUUACAUAUUGCUCGCGGUUACUAUAAUUCACGGCAUCAUCAGUGGAUACUUUUUGUAUCACGGAGUGGUCAGACGACGGAUGAACAUAUUCUUCCCGCCUACAAGAGACAGGGGAAUAUUAAGACCGAAGCCACAGGACGCAUUCCACAUCAUUGUCGUGGUAUUCUCGAUUAUGCAGACAUGGGCCAUAGCCCUGUUGCUAUCUAAUGGAUGGACGAGCACCAAAGGAGCAGAGCUUGGUUACAAUUUGCCACGUGUGGUUGCAUUCGGAUUAGCCGCGAUGCUACCCAUCAGCAUAGCCUAUUCGACCCCAACAACAUCCAACGAGACGAGACUGUGGAGGCCAAGUAAAAACACCCUUGAUGUACUUGGAUUCUUCCAGAUAAUUGGCCCUGCGCUCACCCAACUUCCUCUUUCGUGGACUACAGGAUCGCUUGCUGACAAAGGCGACGUGCUAAAAGCGCUACGGUUUUUCAAAAUCCAAUAUUUGAUAUUGGGGGUUUGGUCAGGAUUGUAUACGGGCAUCGUUUGGAUGAUGUGGUACAAUCUGAAAAGGAUCUUGAACGAACAUCGACAGAUUUUGAAGGAGAGAGUGAUUUCCGAGAACAAAUGGAAACUGACGAUACUAAAAAGGGUUGAAGGAAAGAUAAGAAGUUUAGAAGAGGUCAGACAGACGAUAUUCAAACGGCAGACGAAUAUUGGUUGCAACAUUACAACUGUUCAAGAAAAGGUAUCACGCAGUAGUGGAGACGAAAGUGAAGACGAACAACGAGUUAACGAAAAAGAACAUUCUGAUGGAUAA